CUGAAAAAGUUCGCAAGUCUAAACGCCCGAGCAAAGUGCUCCUGGGGAGCCCGGCUUCGGGGAGGGGAGGGGUGGGAGGGAAGAACCACUGCUUUUCCUUUCUCCUUCCCCCCCUCUCCAAAUCUCUGCACACUUCCAAAACUUCUUUCUCUUUAUUCAAGUGGACCGGCACAAUUAGGACACUCCUGCGGUCGCUCUCCCGGCUCUCGCUCUCUCUCUCUCCAUAAACUCUCAAGAUUAUGUCAGUGGGCCGCAGCCAGUUGUGCGGGUGCUGAAGCAGCUGCGGGAGGCGGAGAAGGAUGGAAGUGCGUGGAGUCCACCUGGCUGCCGGCUUGGUCUUCCUGGCCCUGAGUCUUUGGGGACAGCCGGCAGAGGCUGCGGCUUGCUAUGGGUGUUCUCCAGGAUCAAAGUGUGGCUGUAGUGGUGUAAAAGGGGAAAAGGGAGAACGAGGAUUUCCAGGUUUAGAAGGCCAUCCAGGUUUGCCUGGAUUUCCAGGUCCAGAAGGGCCUCCUGGACUUCAGGGACAAAAGGGUGAUGAUGGAAUUCCAGGGCCACCAGGACCAAAAGGAAUCAGAGGAUCUCCUGGACUACCUGGAUUUCCAGGGACACCAGGUCUUCCUGGAAUGCCAGGCCAUGAUGGAGCCCCAGGACCUCAAGGUAUCCCUGGAUGCAAUGGAACCAAGGGAGAACGUGGCUUUCCAGGCAGUCCCGGUUUUCCUGGCUUACAAGGCCCUCCAGGACCUCCUGGUAUCCCAGGUUUGAAGGGAGAACCAGGGAGUAUCAUCAUGUCAUCACUGCCAGGACCAAAGGGGAACCUGGGAUAUCCAGGUCGUCCUGGGUUACAAGGCCCAGCUGGUCCCAUGGGCAUACCAGGGCCAAUUGGCCCUCCAGGACCACCAGGUUUGAUGGGCCCUCCUGGCCCACCAGGAUUGCCAGGACCAAAGGGGAAUAUGGGUUUAAACUUCCAGGGACCCAAAGGUGAAAAGGGUGAGCAAGGUCUUCAGGGGCCUCCUGGGCCACCUGGGCAGAUCAGUGAGCAGAAAAGACCAAUUGAUGUAGAGUUUCAAAAAGGAGAUCAGGGAGAUCCUGGUGACCGAGGACCACCUGGACCUCCAGGAAUGUGUGGUGUUCCUGGCCCUCCUGGUGGUGUGAAAGGCGACAAGGGUGAGCAAGGAGAGCCAGGCAAAAGAGGUAAACCAGGCAAAGAUGGAGAGAAUGGUCAACCAGGAAUUCCAGGUUUGCCUGGUGAUCCUGGGUACCCUGGUGAACCAGGAAGGGAUGGUGAAAAGGGCCAAAAGGGUGAUACUGGCCCACCUGGGCCUCCUGGACUGGUAAUUCCUACACCUGGCACUGGUCUGAUUGUGGGAGAAAAAGGAAAUCCUGGAUUACCUGGCUUGCCUGGAGAAAAAGGAGAAAGAGGAUUUCCAGGAGUACAGGGUCCACCCGGCCUUCCUGGACCUCCAGGGUCUGCAGUUAUGGGUCCUCCUGGUCCCCCUGGAUUUCCUGGAGAAAGAGGCCAGAAAGGUGAUGAUGGUCCACCUGGAAUUUCUAUUCCUGGAUCUCCUGGAAUUGAUGGACAGCCUGGUGCUCCGGGCCUUCCGGGUCCUCCUGGCCCUCCUGGUCCUUACAUCCCAUUUCGUGAUGCGCUAUGUAAAGCUGGCCCACCAGGCUCCCCAGGAUCUCCAGGUGAUAAAGGAUUUCCAGGAGAACAAGGAGUGAAAGGUGAUAAAGGUGACACCUGCUUCAACUGUAUUGGGAAUGGUAUAGCAGGACCUCCAGGACAUCCUGGUUUGCCAGGUCUCCCAGGUCCUCCAGGAUCUCUUGGUUUUCCUGGACAGAAGGGUGAAAAAGGACAUGCAGGAGCAACCGGUCCCAAAGGAUUGCCAGGCAUCCCUGGAGCUCCAGGUGCUCCAGGCUUUCCUGGAUCUAAAGGUGAUCCUGGUGACAUCCUCACUCUUCCAGGAAUGAAGGGUCAAAAGGGAGAGCUGGGAUCCCCUGGAGCUCCAGGGCUUCCUGGUUUACCUGGCACUCCAGGACAGGAUGGAUUACCAGGGCUUCCUGGGCCCAAAGGAGAGCCUGGUGGAAUUGAUUUUAAGGGUGAAAGAGGUCCCCCUGGAAAUCCAGGCUUGCCAGGUCUCCCAGGGAAUAUGGGUGCUAUGGGCCCAGUUGGUUUUGGUCCUCCAGGCCCAAUAGGUGAAAAAGGCAUACAAGGUGUGCCAGGAAAUCAAGGCCAGCCAGGAAUUCCAGGUCCUAAAGGCGAGCCAGGUCGGACAAUAACCCAGCCAGGAAAGCCUGGCCUGCCUGGUCAUCCAGGCAGAGAUGGUGAAGUAGGUCUUCCAGGCGACCCUGGACUUCCAGGCCAACCAGGAUUCCCAGGAAUACCUGGUAGCAAAGGAGAGCCAGGUAUCCCUGGAAUUGGGCUUCCUGGACCACCUGGUCCCAAAGGCUUUCCGGGAAUUCCAGGACCUCCAGGAGCUCCUGGGACACCUGGAAGAAUUGGUUUAGAAGGCCCUCCUGGACCACCAGGCUUUCCAGGACCAAAGGGAGAGCCAGGAUUUGGGCUACCUGGACCACCUGGGCCACCAGGACUCCCAGGUUUCAAAGGAACACUUGGCCCAAAAGGUGACCGUGGUUUUCCAGGACCUCCUGGUCCUCCAGGACGAACUGGUUUGGAUGGGCUACCUGGACCAAAAGGUGAUGUUGGACCAAAUGGACAACCUGGGCCAGUAGGGCCUCCUGGACUGCCAGGAAUUGGUGUCCAGGGACCACCAGGACCACCAGGAAUUCCUGGACCAAUAGGCCAGCCUGGCUUACAUGGAAUACCUGGAGAGAAGGGAGAUCCAGGGCCUCCUGGGUUUGAUGUUCCAGGUCCUCCUGGUGAGAGAGGCAGUCCAGGGCUCCCUGGAGCUCCUGGCCCUAUAGGACCCCCAGGAUCACCAGGCCUCCCAGGAAAAGCAGGUGCCUCUGGAUUUCCAGGUAUUAAAGGAGAAAUGGGUAUGAUGGGACCUCCAGGCCCACCAGGACCUUUGGGAGUUCCUGGCAGGAGUGGUGUUCCUGGCCUUAAAGGUGAUGAUGGCUUACAGGGUCAGCCAGGACUUCCUGGCCCUGAAGGAGAAAAGGGAGGUAAGGGAGAACCUGGCCUUCCAGGCCCCCCUGGACCAAUAGAUCCAAGCCGCUUGGGCUCCAAAGGAGAGAAGGGGGAACCUGGCUUACCCGGUAUUCCUGGACUUUCUGGACCAAAAGGCUACCAGGGUUUGCCCGGAGACCCAGGGCAACCAGGACUGAGUGGACAACCUGGAUUACCAGGGCCUGCAGGUCCCAAGGGUAACCCUGGUCUCCCUGGCCAACCAGGACUCAUAGGACCUCCUGGACUUAAAGGAAGUCUAGGUGAUAUGGGUUUUCCAGGCCCUCAGGGUGUGGAUGGGGCCCCUGGGCCUCCAGGCCUUCCUGGACAGCCUGGCUCUCCAGGAUUACCUGGACAGAAAGGGGAUAAAGGUGAUCCUGGUGUUUCUGGCAUUGGAUUUCCAGGUCUUCCUGGCCCAAAGGGUGAACCUGGUCUGCCUGGAUACCCUGGGAACCCGGGUAUUAAAGGUUCUGUGGGAGAUACUGGUUUGCCUGGAUUACCAGGGACACCUGGAGCAAAAGGGCAGCCAGGCCUGCCUGGAUUCCCAGGAACCCCAGGCUUUCCUGGACCCAAGGGUAUUACUGGUCCUCCUGGAAACCCCGGCCUUCCAGGAGAACCAGGUCCUGUAGGUGGUGGAGGCCGUCCUGGACCACCAGGACCUCCAGGUGAAAAGGGGAAACCAGGUCAAGAUGGGAUUCCUGGACCAGCCGGACAGAAGGGCGAACCAGGUCAACCAGGCUUUGGAAUCCCAGGACCCCCUGGACUUCCAGGACUUUCUGGUCAAAAGGGUGAUGGCGGACCACCUGGCAUUCCAGGAAAUCCUGGCCUUCCAGGUCCAAAAGGUGAACCAGGCUUUCAGGGUUUCCCUGGUGUGCAGGGUCCCCCCGGCCCACCUGGUUCUCCUGGUCCAGCUCUGGAAGGUCCUAAAGGCAACCCUGGGCCCCAAGGUCCUCCAGGAAGACCAGGUCCUACAGGUUUUCAAGGUCUACCAGGUCCAGAAGGUCCCCGGGGUCUCCCUGGAAAUGGAGGUAUUAAAGGAGAGAGGGGAAACCCAGGCCCACCUGGGCAACCUGGCUUGCCUGGCUUGAAAGGAGAUCAAGGACCACCAGGACUCCCGGGCAAUCCUGGCCGACCAGGUCUCAAUGGAAUGAAAGGAGAUCCUGGUCUCCCUGGGGUCCCAGGAUUUCCAGGCAUGAAAGGACCUAUUGGAAUACCUGGUUCAACUGGUCCUGAGGGUGAACCAGGACUUACUGGCCCGCCAGGUCCUCCUGGGUUACCUGGUCCUUCAGGACAGAGUAUUAUAAUCAAAGGAGAUGCUGGUCCUCCAGGAGUUCCUGGCCCGCCUGGGUUAAAAGGUCCACCAGGACUACCAGGCCCUCAAGGUUUACCAGGUGCUACUGGCCCUCCAGGAAAUCCUGGACGUAAUGGACUCCCUGGUUUUCAUGGUGCUGGAGGGCACAAAGGAGACCCAGGUCUUCCAGGACAGCCAGGUUCCCGUGGCUUGGAUGGUCCCCCAGGGCCAGAUGGACUGCAAGGUCCCCCAGGGCCCCCUGGAAGUUCUUUCGUUGCCCAUGGAUUCCUCAUCACACGUCAUAGCCAGACAACAGAUGCACCACACUGCCCACAUGGAACAGUCCAAGUCUAUGAAGGCUUUUCUCUCCUGUAUGUGCAAGGCAACAAAAGAGCCCACGGCCAAGAUUUGGGGACUGCUGGCAGCUGCCUUCGUCGCUUCAGUACUAUGCCUUUCAUGUUCUGCAACAUCAACAAUGUUUGCAACUUUGCUUCAAGAAAUGACUAUUCUUACUGGCUCUCCACUCCAAAGCCUAUGCCUAUGAAUAUGGAACCUCUGAAGGGCCAGAGCAUCCAGCCAUUUAUUAGUCGAUGUGCAGUAUGUGAAGCUCCAGCUGUGGUGAUUGCAGUUCACAGCCAGACCAUCCAGAUUCCCCAUUGUCCUCAGGGAUGGGAAUCUCUUUGGAUCGGUUAUUCCUUUAUGAUGCAUACAAGUGCAGGGGCAGAAGGCUCAGGACAAGCCUUGGCCUCUCCUGGUUCCUGUUUGGAAGAGUUCCGUUCAGCUCCUUUCAUUGAAUGUCAUGGGCGAGGAACUUGUAAUUACUAUGCCAAUUCCUAUAGCUUUUGGCUGGCAACUGUAGAUGUGUCAGAUAUGUUCAGUAAACCUCAGUCAGAAACACUGAAAGCAGGAGAAUUGAGGACACGUGUUAGCCGAUGUCAAGUGUGCAUGAAGAGGACAUAGCAGUUUGAAGAAUUCCUUGUUUGAUUUUAAAUGUGAUGUAUACAUAAAAAUAUAUAUAUAUAAUUUCCAGGAUCCAAUGCCACAAUCUCCCCAACUUUACCACUGCUGUCACCAAUGGUGCUAUGUAUGACCAACAAAGCAUGCUGACUUGUAACCAUGAAGGUUCAGAUGUACCUCAGCAACGGGCCAGAGCUAGGCCUUCAUUACAUUUCUAUGAAAGAAAUAAGGAAGUGAACUUACCUUUUGGGUCCAGAAUAACUCUCCCCAAGGAUUAUGAGAUGAAGAUCAUAUGUGUUACCCAAAUGACUAAAAUGACACAUUAAAAAAUCAAUUAAUAGAAGAAAUACACUGAGUAAAAUAAAAGACUGCAGUUUGAGGGAAGAAGUAUUUUUCAUGGUGCUACUAAUUGUGCUGUAUCCCAGGUUUUUAAUAUAAAAGUGUUUGUUAAGAUUAUUUUGCCCUGUAAGUAAAGAGUGUGUAUAUUGUGUAAACAGCCUUUUAGCACAAAAUGUUGAGUCAUGUAGAUGUGGACUGGCAUGAAUGAGUCUUUACAGACAAGCAACAAGAUGAUAUACAUGAAUCUAUAUUCUUAGAUCAAGUUACUACUGAGAGUAAAUUUAGUUUGUUUUAUGCCCUUAAUCUGUACUUCAUUUUUAAAAAGUCGAUCAUUUUAGUCACUUUAAUCAGAAUUUUAAUGGUUCAAAUUAUACUGUCCAGUGGAACAAUUUCUUCUUUGCUGUAUUCCACAAGACACAUUUAAGACGAGAUGCCCUUUGUUUUGAUGGUUUUCAUAUCUUGUUUUUGCUCAUCCUUGACUGAGCAAAGUUUUCCCCAAGAGAAGUUAAACAAAAUUUACCAAAAGGCAAUGAUCUUCUUCUUGGUGCUUCUUAUAUAAGAAUUAUUCUCAUGUGGUCUUGAUUCCCAGAAGAACUGGGAAAAUAAUACUUGGUUAGUCUUCUUUCUUCAAU